AAUGACUCACUUGGUGUUUAAGCCCCUCCAGCCCUUAAAACUGUUCAGAAAGCUAAAUAGUUGAAAGACCUUAACAGCUCCUUUUAAUUUGUUGAUAUGAAAUUGAUUCUUCAGCAGAGUCCUGUUGGUGAAAGCUAAACAAAUGUCAGUUUUGAUGUUUAAAGAUGCAUUCUGGGGGUCUGAUUUCAUCUGUCAUGCCGGUUAUGAUGCUAUAAUCCAGAGGUUACGAGAUGGGAGGCAAAUGUGCAAGGAUGUGGAGGAGCUUUUUAAGAUGAGGGCACUCGCAGAAGAGAAGUAUGGAAAGGAACUGGUGACUAUUGCUCACAAAGCUGGGGGAAGCACGGAAAUCAGCACCAUGAGAGUGUCCUUUGAGCAGCUUAAAACUCAAAUUGAGAACAUUGGGAACUUUCACAUCCAAUUAUCGGACAAACUGAAAGAGGAGGUGAAAAAAAUGGAAACUUUCCGAGAACAUCAGAAAGAACAGAGGAAGAAGUUUGAAAGCAUCAUGGAGAAGAUUCAGAAGAAAAAGGUUGCUUUGUACAAGAAGACUAUGGAGUCAAAGAAGAACUAUGACGUGAAAUGCAGAGAGGCCAAUGAAGUAGAGCAGGGGGCCGAGAAAACAAAUGCUGCAGCCAAAAAUCCUGACAAGCUACGUCACAAGACAAAACAAUGCAGACAAGCAGCCAAUGAAGCAGAAAAGCUUUACAUGAACAACAUACAUCAACUGGAAGAAAUUCGCCAGGACUGGGAGGAGACGCACAAAAGCAUGUGUGAGGUGUUCCAGGAGCUGGAGGGAGAUCGCAUCAGCACGGUCAGGUGUGCUCUUUGGGACCACUGCAACCAUUUCUCCAUGCAGUGUGUCAAAGACGACGAGCUUUAUGAAGAGGUGAGAACGUUUCUCGAGCAAUGCGACAUCGUCACAGACAACAACAGCUUCAUCAAGAUGAAAUCAACAGGGUCGAGACCACCGGAGCCCAUAGUGUUUGAAAGCUAUUAUCAGGGUGUGAGAAUGAGGAACAGCAAUGAUCUGAGGAACAGCAAUUCCUCAGAAGGAGAAGACAUGACAGCGAAAUUUGAACUAAAUAACAGGAGGGAGAGUCGAAUAGAUGGAGCCAGGUGCUUUGACCCUUUAAUCAGAGACUCCAUAACCAGUGAUAAUGACAGAAGAAUCUCACAGUCAACACUGACAUCUACUGAAAACAAUAAGAUGGAAGAGAGUGGAUAUGCAGCCCUUCCAGGUCCUUCACAACAAGCAUCUUUAGUGUCUGCUUCAACUGACCAGGACCAGUUCUACAUUGUGAAUUAUGAGUACAAUGCACAGGAGGGGGAUGAGCUGUCUGUGAGCAGGGGGGAUGUGGUCCGGUUGUUGGUGCAAGGACUGGAUGGAUGGUGGACGGUGGAGAGGAAUGGGUGCUGUGGACUGGUGCCAGGAAAUUAUCUGGGCAAAAUUUGACAAUGCAUUUGCAAACGGAUUGAUCCAACAACACCAUGUAAAAGUUGACCAUCUUUAGCCUUCAAACCCAAAAUGUCAUCUGAAGCAGUUUAUUUAUGAAAAAGGAAUGUAUUUUACCUCCUAACAUGGAGCUACAUGUCAAACUCUUCCCCCAACCCCAUACAUAAAAGAUGUGGGAUAAAAGAUGCAUAUUUACAAAGAAGAAUUUAAAAAAUGGUUAUGCGAAAAUGUUCAUAUCUAGAUUUGCACGGGUACUGUAGACAGGAACUAGUAGCAUUUGUUAAAUGCACAUUAAAAAGUUAAUAUCCCAAGUGAAAGUGUAUUAACAAACUAUGCAAAUUGAUACUUUAUAUAUCUAUGUAUAUAUAGUUUUUUUUUUUACACUUCCUAGAAAUUGUGAAGCUUAAAAACAUGGAGAGUCUGUACUUCAUGAAUUGACAAAUAAAUGUAUUUUAGUGUUUUUAUUUUA